AUGGAUCACUUCCAACCACUAUCUAUUUUCGACGAGCGUUGUUUGUGUGACAUAACCCUUGAACAGUUGGAGCAUCGCGACGAUUCGAGUGAUGAUGAUGAUAAUGACGACGGUUCGAGUGAUGAUGACGACGAUGAUGAAGACGACUCGGAUGACGAUUUUCAUGAUGAUGACGAUUCGGAUGAUGAUGGGGAUUCGGAUGAUAAUGAUGAUGAUGACGACGAAUUGGAUGAUGAUGAUGAUAAUGAUCAGUUGAAUGAUGAUGAGAACGAUUUGGAUGAUGAUCAUGAUGAUGUUGAUGAUGUUAACUCCCAAAUUGUUCAUCAGAAGACCAGAAGAUCAAAACUUUCAGCAAAAGAAGGUGUGUCUCAGUAUACCAACUCUAUUCUGACCUAA